AUGGCUUGCUAUGAGAUGAGGCCCCCUAGCGGAGGCGAGUUCAACAAUGGUGAAGCCCGCGGCCCCAUAGGGCAAGGCUUCUCCAAGCGGCGAGCCCUCCAGCUACAGCGUCAAUCCCGGGUCAAAGAAGAAAGAAUAGUUGAACUGGAAACAGAAAAUGCUCUUUUUCACUUGAAAUUGGCAGAGUACCAGGAAAGGAUUGGAAGGAGUCACCGUGAGGCCACAUGGUUUUCCGCUCUGCUCUGCAAACAGCAACAUUGGCCUAGCAGCGCUCACCCAGCACUGGUCCAGCUCUGCCACUUGAUUCAGAAACUUAAACAAGAUGUCAAGGACUUUCGUUCUUCAUUUCUGGGCCUGUGGAGCAGCUGGCAGGCCCAGUACCAGGAGCACCUUUCUGAUAUGGCAGCUGCUGUGCAAAGAGCACAGCUUGGCACUGAAAGUCUGCAAGCAUGUCAAUCAGAGGUCCACCGUCUCCAACUGUCCUUGAAAGAAAUGGACAUGUGCUACCACCUGGAGAAGCAGAAAAGGAGAGAGCUCCACAACACUGUGGUGGAGCUGAAAGGAAAUAUCAGAGUUCACUGUCGAAUUCAUCCUUUGUUGCCUUUGGAUACUGAGCUGGGCAAUCCAGAUUCACAGAACGGCUCUGUCUCCAGAGAAGUGGCCCACCCUGUGGACGAGGAAACAAUCCUGGUACAGUGUGAUCGUCCUGGCCAUCCUUUGAUUAAUAAGACAUAUAAUUUUGAAAGAGUCUAUGGUCCAGCGGAACCUCAGACAGCAGUGUUUGCAGAUGUGUGCCCACUACUCACAUCCCUCUUAGAUGGGCUUAUUUCAGAAAAUCCAUCAGGAAGCCCAAAUGUGGAUGUUUCCAUAGUGGAAGUUUAUAACAAUGACAUAUUUGACCUCCUGGCCAAACACAAUUCUACAGUGUUGUCUGGGGUCAAGGGUGAGGUGGUGACAACCCAGGAUGGAUGGACAGAGGUCCCCCUGCUGACCCACAGGGUUGUCACCAGUGUCCUGGAGUUCGUGGAGCUUAUCCAUGGAGGUCUUCAGCUCAGGGAGAGGAACCCUACCCUGGUGCAUGCAGAUUCUUCCCGAUCUCACCUAAUCAUCACAGUGACUCUGACCGCAGCCACCUCCUUGGCCAGCACUGACCAGCAGCCUGGGCAGAUCCUCCCUGGGAAGCGGAGAACAGGGACAGGUAAGAGGUGGAGCCCCGCUCAGCAGGCUUCACCUGAGCCCAUCCCCAUGGAACCGGCGGGCAAUAUGAAGCAAGUGUGGUCCACACUGCAGCUGGUGGACUUGGCUGGCAGUGAGUGUGCAGGUGUGUCUGGGGUGACAGGCUUGGCACUGAGGGAGACCUCAUUCAUCAACCGAAGUCUCUCAGCCCUGGCAGAUGUCCUGGCUGCCUUGUCAGAGCGCCGUGGCCACAUCCCAUACCGGAACAGCAAGCUCACCCACCUGCUGCAGGAUUCCAUCGGAGGGGAUGCGAAGUUACUGGUGAUUCUCUGUGUGUCUUCUGGGCAGAAGCACGUGGUGGAGACGCUGCAGAGCCUUGAGUUUGGGACCAGAGCUCGGCAGGUCAAGCAAGGACGUGUCAGGAAGAAGCCUCCCCACUCCCAGAGGAGGGAGUUGUGCCUGAGCUCUGCCUAGAAUGAAUUCUUCUCCCUUCUUGUGCUUGCUUAUGAUGUGUGUAUCGGAGAAAUAAACACGUUUUG